AUGAAUGCCAAAUGGCCACAAGGAGGAAAAAUCGAUCAAAAACUGAUCGAUUCUCAAAAUCAUAUUCUUAACAGCGCUCAUGACUUUCGUCUUCGUUUAACUGCUUAUAAAACUCAACAAUCGGGGAAUAAAUCCAAAGGAGUGCCUGUUCAACCUCCGCUACACCCAACACAUGCGACGAUCUUCAUUGCUCGUUCAUAUCCAUCGUGGCAAAUAUUUGUUCUUAAUCAAUUGAAAGAAUUAUAUUUGAACAACAAUCGACAAGUUCCUGACGGAAAAACUUUAGCUCAACACUUCAAAGAUCGACCAGAAAUCGACAAGAAGUACAUGAAGAAAUUGAUGUCAUUUGUCAUUUAUUCUCGAGAUCUUUUGGAAAAGACAAGAGAUAUUCAAGCAUUGGAUCGUCAUUUAUCUUUUGAUGAAUAUGAAGUUUUAUCAAACAAUGAAGAUUAUUUUCGACGAACAUUGAAUAUCGAACAAGUGGACAUCCGUUUGAUUGAUGAAAAUGAAAUUGAAGCAGCGAGUAUUCCCAAUUUGGAAGAGAUUUUACCUGGAAAGCCAUUGAUUCAUUUUCGAUAUGAACCAAUGAUUUCCAUUCGUUUGAUUAAUCGACAAUCUUAUUCUGGUCAUUUUGAAUGGACUAUUCCGAUGAUCAAUGGUGAUACCGUGGAGAAAUUGGAGCAACGCUUACGACGUCAUGCUGAUCGAACUUUACGGUUCAGCAAAACGAUUCGUUUGUUUUAUUUUCGAAUUUCACAAUUUCAUUCGAGAAAAUUACCAAGCAUGGACAUACCCUUAGAAGAUUUGGUGGAAUUAACCAAUAAACAACAAGUUUUACAAGUGGAUCUGAAACAUGAAACAGUCGUUUCAGAGCAACAAGAUAUUGGCAACGCUUUAGUUUAUUUCGUUGAAUAA